CAAAUGUCUUGAGUUCAAACUUUGUUUCCAUCAAUUCACUUCACAUUUCAAUCAAAUAUUUCAUGGUUUAAAUCUCACAUGUUAGGAAAGAGUUCGAGUCUGCGUCUGAUUGGAAAGCCUUUUCUAUCUAUUUUAUUUUUUUGAAAAGGUGAUGAUUUAAUAUGGGACUUCAAAGUUGUGAUGAUCACAUCUUCAUAUUGGCCGUGUACAGACCUUAAAACAAUCAUAUUUUCAUGUUGGAUAUGACAACGUACAGGGCAAGGCCAUUGCUGGCUAUAGUACUAUAUAAUGAGAAGCCCUGCCACAUUUCAGUCUCACCCAAGAGUUCCACAUUUGCGUUAACCUCUUCCAUGGCAAACCACCAAAAUACACCCUUCUUCUUACUUGAUAGGAAAGAUGUUGUGCUUGUAAAACCCUCAAAACCCACACCUUCAGGUGUUCUUUCUCUUUCUAGCAUAGACAACAGUCCCACCCAUGAGUGUGUUUGCCAAACAGUUCAUGUGUUUCGAUCAAAAGUUGAAUCCGCUUAUUAUGAUGAUGAUGAUCCAGCUUGCGUGAUUCGAGAAGCCCUCUCCCAGGCUUUGGUUUAUUACUAUCCUCUGGCUGGCAAGCUAAAUAAGCGCAGUGAUGAUGGAAAACUCCAAAUAAAUUGCACAGCAGAUGGAGUGCCAUUUUUAGUGGCAACUGCCAAUAACUGCCAACUCUCUUCUCUUCAUUAUCUAGAUGGGAUUGAUCCCCAACUAGCCAAACAGUUUGUCUUUGAUUUUCCUUGUGAUCAAGAUCAUGACUCAGGUAAUUAUAAUUAUCACCCUCUACUCUUGCAAGUGACCAAAUUUUCAUGUGGGGGCUUCACAAUUGGGAUGGGCUUGUCACACUCCGUAUGUGAUGGGUCUGGAGCAGCGCAGUUCUUCCGAGCUCUGAUUGAGCUUGCAAGCGGAAAGAGCGAGCCAUCGGUUAAACCUGUGUGGGAGAGGGAGAGACUGAUCGUGGGAACAUCUACAGACGAUCAGCCUCUCCAACUUUUUGUGGAUAAGCCAUGUUUAGCAAUUUCACCAUAUUUCCCAACUACAGACAUCUUGCAUGGAUGCUUUUACGUAAGUAGUGAAAGUAUAGAGACACUCAAAACGAGUUUGACCAAGGAAUGUGCAGAUGGAAUAAGCUGCUUCACAACUGUUGAGGUACUUGGUGCCUAUGUUUGGAGAUCAAGGUUUAGAGCUCUAAAAUUAAACUCAGAUGGGAAAACUGUUUUCAGUCUGGCUGUGGGGAUAAGGAACCGAUUGAAUUCAUCACCUUUGCCAGAUGGGUAUUAUGGGAAUGCUUUUGUGUCUGCGAAUGUAGUGUUAAUGGGAGGGGAGCUUAACGAAGUACUGCCACUCUCUAAGGUGGCGAAACUAAUAAAAGAAAGCAAGAAAGUUGCUUCCAACAGGGAAUACAUCAUGAACUCAUUAGUAAUUUUUGAGAAAUUCAGACGGCUAAAUAUAAAAAUGGAAGCUUGUGGUGCAUCCACGAUUUUAACAGAUUGGAGGCAACUGGGUUUCUUGCAGGAAGAAGAAGUAGAUAUCGGAGGAGCCAAGGAAGAAGUGAACUUUAUCGCUGUGCCACUGAACAUAUUUGUGAACGUGGAUUUGUGUCUGUUCUUGCCUCCUAGCAAGGUGGAUCCUUCAACGAAAGGUGGGGUUAGGGUGCUUGUUUCCCUUCCUAGAGCUGCCAUGGCCAAGUUCCAAGAAGAGAUGGAUGCUCUCAAGCUUGGCGAUGAUGGCGCUUGUGCAUAAGUGUUGUUGUAUGGUUGUGAAAUUUUAGAUGUUAGAUUAUAUUAUGCGUAUC